AUGACUGCGCCCGGGUUAGCAGCUCUGCUACUAACUUGUCUUGCUGUUAUCUCGUCUACGGAACCACUUCGACGUAGACAAGAGUCGGAAGUGAGCGUCGAUUCGAGAUUCCGUAGACCCAUCUACAACGCAACCAGAUUCAACGGAGUUAAGUCAAAGAGAGAACCUUCACCUAGUCAAGUAUCGAAACCGAACUCUCGUCACCUCCGAAAACCGCCUACUGAUAACAGAAAAAGAAUAAGGAAAAUUCAGCCCGAGAAACCACCUCAACCACCAGUUGAAAAGCUUAAAAAGCCGUCGGUUGCCACACAGAAAGGCAAUGUUUUCAAAAAACCUUUAACCAAAAACGUCACCAAUGACUUCGUCGCAGAAAGGAGAGGUGAGUCGGUAGAAGGUUCGCCUACCAAGGCAGCUGUGGGUGGUUUAAGGAGAUCUCAAAGAGCGCACAGGCGACAAUCUGAUUCUGAAGAGGUUGCCUCAAAACCAACACAACCGGUUACCGAUGUUAGUCAAACUUCUAAGGCUCAGAAUCAAAACAGAGAUUCAUCUAAUGACCAGAAGAAUAUGAUGCAAAAUAACCAAACCGUAGGCGACGUCCAAAGCGAUUUUCAAGCUAAAAAUGACUCCGAACUACUCAUCAAACCGGCUAGGAAGACAUCACUGGAACGCAAACGGUUUCAACCACCACCAGAGAGUUAUCUUCCCCCGAAUUGGGGAUUUGACGGUGGUUUCAGGGGGGCGAUGCCUGAACCCGUGACACCAUUCAUCAACACCCACUGGUCUGAGCCUGAACCGUUUCCCUAUUUCCAUGGCGAGAGUGGGCCAGCGCUCUUUACACAUCAUCCAAGACUGCCAUGGACUGUUCCAGAAGUACCUUUCACGCAUUUCAAAGACCCUCGAGAGUUUCCCGUCUUUGAACAACCCCAAAUGGUCCCACCAGAGCCGUUCUGGUUCCCGCAACCACCUCAACCAGAUUUCAUGUGGCCUCAGGAGACUGUUCACGUUGGGCCGUCAAGGAGGAAGGCAGGAAAAGCAACGAAGAAGGCAGUUAAAUCUACAACAACAACAACUACUACUACUACUACCACCGCCGCACCCACUAGCAUUGCUUCCACGACCGUCGGAGCUACUGCAGCUGCGAUUUCCCUGACGUCAGCAUCGACUGCUCUGCAAGGCGACAAAACAUUUGAGGCAAUCCAUGAUCUCCUCGUGAAGCACGAGGAGGAACUCCAAAGCGAAAAAGACCCGAAAAAGAGGGCAGAAGCUGGCAAGGGACUAGCUGAAGUAAUAAAAACAUAUGGUCCGGAAAUUGACCAGGCUCUGAAGAAGCUCUGA